CAAUGGCCACAAGUGUCCCGAGCGUGGGGUCCCGACUUUGCCUGGACGAAAGUCACUGCAGCGGCUAAACGCGAGCCCGUGAAGACCAGGAGAGACCUGGCGCUUUUCCUGACCGCACGUGUGUCAAUAAAACACACAUAACCAGAGUGUUGGAGGAUGAAGAAAUAACCAAUUCUUCCCUAAACCCAUUCGACGUUGUAUAUUUAAAAGUGAAUGACCGACCACAGAAAGAACAUAAAGGACAUCCUCCACCGGCAUGCUAUGGCCUCUGUUUUGAGCUGUGCCUCAUAUUACUCAAGCAGAGCUCAGUAAACACUGGGGUGGUUAGAGCUGUAUGCUGCUGCAGCGGGGAUGAUCAUGUCCCAUAUGAACGGUUAUGUGCAAGAGGCCUCUGGUCAGGCCAAGAGCCACGGGGAGAGGGCAGUGGACUGUCCAGGGGACGAUAGUUGCCUUGUCAAAUCUCCACACUGCAGCGCCCACAUGGAGAGGAUGCAGCACUACCAGGAGGAGCUUAAGAAGAGGAGAGAGGAGGACACCAGGGGGAAGCAUGACAUCGACCCCAAUGCUUCACUGAGGCUCAGGAAGUUGUCACAAAACCCCAAGGUGGGCAUUGACAAUCCCACAUUUGAAGGAAAGGAAAAGGCCAUCAAAGACACAUUCCACCAGGAUCCUGUAGCGGAACUGGUGGAGUUGUUGCAGGCUCUGAAGUGGGCGCACCACUGCCUGGGUGAUGCGCAGAGCCAGCAGGAUGUGGAGCUGAUAAUGCAGCUCCUUGCCAAGGAGGACUUCAAGAAUGCCUACUCCAUCUACAUUGCUGUAUCCCAGCAGAUGACCAGAGUCAUUCCCACCUCACCCCUCACAGCACAAGCAGAAGAUCUCUGCCAGGAGGUCCAGAAGAUUCUCCUGUCCAGCCAACAUAAGGAGGGGUUGGAGCUCACGGCUCUGCUCACCAAUCCUCAUCUCCAGGCACUGAUGAAGGCUCAUGACAGUGUGGCAGGGCAGGAAAUGGCAGAAGAGGAUUUGACUCAGUACAUUGGAGAGUCGGUUAAACUGGUGCGGCUGGAGAAGGCCCGUGACACUCCACUGGGUGCAACAGUACGUAAUGACAUGGACAGUGUGCUGGUGAGCCGUGUGGUGAAAGGUGGAGCAGCGGAGAAGAGCGGCCUUCUCAGUGAGGGAGAUGAGAUCCUGGAGAUCAACGGGAUAUCUAUUCGUGGGAAACACGUCAAUGAAGUCCAUGACUUACUGCAACAAAUGCAAGGCACUCUGACCUUCCUCCUCAUUCCGAGCUCUCAGAUUAAACCUGCCCCACACAGGCAGACUGUGAUGCACGUACGAGCUUACUUUGACUACGACCCCACUGAUGACCCCUUUGUACCGUGUCGGGAGCUGGGCCUGUCCUUCCAGAAGGGAGACAUCCUCCAUGUCAUCAGCCAGGAUGACACCAACUGGUGGCAGGCCUACAGGGAUGGAGACGAGGACAACCAGCCUCUGGCAGGACUGGUUCCAGGAAAAAGCUUCCAGCAACAGAGAGAGACCUUGAAGAAAACUAUAACAGACAGCAGUCAAGAGCACCAAGGGAGGCUUUGGUAUGCAAAGAAAAGCAAGAGACCGAAGAAGAAGAGCAUGUCUACCUUGUGCAGAAACAUUGACUACGAUGACAUCCUGACCUAUGAGGAGAUGUCACUUUAUCACCAGCCUGCCAAUCGCAAACGCCCCAUUGGUCUGAUUGGUCCGCCAAACAGCGGUCACGAUGAGCUGCGUCGAAGGCUUCUGUCCAUCGAACCGGAAAAGUUUGCUGUUGCUGUUCCACACACAACCAGAAACUCAAGGAUUCAUGAGCGUAAUGGGCGCGAGUACCAUUUUGUGAGUCGGCCUGCCUUUGAAACCGACCUAGCGGGAGGGAAAUUCAUUGAGUCGGGGGAAUAUGAGAGGAACUUGUACGGCACCGGCACCGACUCAGUUCGACAUGUCAUCAACUCUGGACGCAUCUGUUUGCUCUGCCUCCACACCAAGUCACUGCAGGUACUAAGGUCCUCCAACCUCAAGCCCUUUGUCAUCUUCAUCGCUCCUCCUUCUCAGGAACGACUACGCACCCUGCUGGCCUCAGAUGGGAAAACACCAAAGCCCGAAGAUCUAAAGGAGGUUAUUGAAAAGGCCCGCGAGAUGGAGCAGAAUUUCGGCCACUUCUUUGAUGCAACCAUCGUGAACAUGGAUCCAGACCAGGCUUUCCACGAGCUGCGCAGGCUGAUAGACAAGCUGGACACGGAGCCCCAGUGGGUGCCCACCUCUUGGCUGUGCUAGAGGGCACAAGGUGCGACUGCAGGGAGCCACAGGGUUGGAGGAGUUAAACAGAAAUGAAUGUUCCUGGUGAUGGACAGGGCUGACUGUCUUUGGAUUUUCACUUGCACAUUCUCCUGGUUUAUAGAACAGGCGAUAUGUACCAUAUGCUGCAGGGAUGGACUCUUCCUCACAUUUGUUGGUGUGCGUGCGUGUGUGUGUCUUUGUGAUUUUUUUCUGUUUGUUUAUUGUUUAUCUCAGUUUUAUGCAAAGUCAUUUAUCAAACACAUAGAAAUGUUUCUAUCCUAUUCACAAUAGUUAUUUAUAAUUGUAAAUAUAUAUAUAUAUAUAUAUAUAUUUUCUAGCCAAAAGGAUAACAUUUUAUUGAUUAUUUGUGUUUGUGAUAUACAACUGGUACACUCAACUUGGAGUGUUAUUGUCUCAAUUUUGAAAUGGCUUCCUGAUAAAGCAGUAAACCAAAAGGUACAAAACAGAAGGUAAGCCAUUAAAGUGACUGCAGUGUAACGUCUUCCAGUAAGUAACACAGAAGGAAAAAAAACACUGUAACAUGCACAGUUUUGAGGUACUUCCUCUACACCAUGGUCAGUAUUAUUUUUUUGGUAGUUUCAUGUCUCAUUUAUGCCGUCAUAACAGACCUCAAAUCUAAGGUAUUGUCUCUAGCUGGUGAUCAUUACUAUCCGUAGGUCAUGCUGCAAAGUGCUCCUGUAAUAGUUUCCAGCAGUUUUGUCAUAACCAAACAAAAAUGGUAUUGCUUCUUAUUGCAGAGAA